AUGGAUCCAUCAACUCCCAGGCCAAGUGGAAUCCCUCGUCCCUCGAGGCUUCCUGUGCCAAGUACCGCCCUGCGCUCUGCUGCUUCGAGAGAAAACCUCCAGCGACCCGCCAAACCCAAUGCCAACGUUGUCAAUCCUCGUCUUCGAAGCACUCCUACAGCUACGAAAUCCCGCGACUCGACUCACUUUCUUCCCCGAGAUCGACCAGUGGAGGGGUAUCACGCAGAGCUAGAUCUAUCGGAGGAUGAGGGCGUGCGUGAGGGUAGAACGUUUGCAAGGGGAGAGCUUGACAAACGGGCAUCGAGUCGGAACCCAUCUUUAUCGGAGAGAACAAUGGAGACUCUCCAACAUAUACCGUCGUCCCCCGCCAUAAGGCAUAGGAAUUCAAGCUUCUUCAAUUCUGAAACCCCGAGGCGUUCGUCUCCCUCGUCCAGACAUGCUUCUCUACAUCAAAAUGAGAUAUCAAUGGGCCCUCCAUAUCGCUCACUCGGCUCAAGGCCGAGUUCAAGCUCAGGUCCCGACAAGCCCAACCAGUUGGAUUUUCGAGCCUCUCCAAACACGUUCAGAACCGCUCAAUCGACCCUACCAUCCCAUACUCCAGUCAAGCGUCAAAGUAUUGCGUCUUUCAAAACGCCGUCAAGUGCGCGGAGUGCUAUAGAGCCUGCGUCAAGCGCCUCCAAGCUACCAUCUCCUCGUUUCGGCGCUUCUCUUCGCCAGCAAUCGCCAAGCCCGUUCAAGACUGACGCAGAUAUACCAACAAUCAAGUCGGGUAGCAAGACUUUCUCCUCUCGGCCACUGAAACCACGCGCUUCUGUAAAUGGCCUAUUCCGCAAACCUUCCAUGCCAAAUUUAGAUCAAUCGAAUGAGCUUGACAGGAUUGGCUUCGUGAAAAAGAAGAAAUCCACUACGUUCUCCAAUACGUCUUCAGAAGAAAGUUCUACUCUGUCAAAGGCAUCUAAGUCGACGACGACGACGACGACUUCUGUAUCAGGGGAUGACCAGACUGGUACCCCGCGAAAGUCUUCGCUUGCGCUACGUGACCAAAUAGCAAAGGCCAAGGCGGCCAAGCGUGCUGCAGAUGCAAAGUUGGGACCCAGAAACCCAGCCGAUCAGGAAGAGGUUCCGGUUAUCCCUUCAGGCACAUUUGAUUUUGGCCUUCACGAUGAUCCCUUCAACCAGAAGGUCAAUCAGAACGAUAUGAAGGGCCUCCUGCGAAAGCGCAUUGAUGCAGCUCGAACUGAUGGGCGCCUUAACAUCGCCGCGAUGGGGUUCAAAGAGAUACCGGAUGAGGUUUUGAAUAUGUAUAGUCUUGAAUCCAUCGGGACACAGGACGGAUCUUGGGCGGAAUCAGUUGACCUCAAAAGACUUGUCGCCGCAGAUAAUGAACUUGAGCUGAUCCAUGAUGACGUUUUCCCAGACAUAGAUCCACGUGAAGGCGCGGAGGACGAAGAUUUCAAAGGCAAUCAAUUCGGCGGACUUGAGACAUUAGAUUUGCAUGGGAAUGUCCUGAUUGCGCUACCUCUUGGGUUGAGGAGACUCGAACUUCUUACCACUCUGAACCUGUCAAAUAACAAGCUAGGGAAUGACUGCUUUCAGAUUAUCUCCCAAAUACCAUCAUUACGGGAUCUGAAGCUUGCUGGGAACGGCUUGUCUGGUCCUCUGGAUGCAAGCAUGACCAACCUCCAGAAUCUUGAAGCUCUAGACCUUCAACGCAAUAACCUAACAUCAUUACCUGAUGGGUUGGCAGAGCUCGUACGUCUGCGAGUGCUCAAUAUUACAGAGAAUCAAUUUGCUGCCCUACCAUUUGAGUCUCUGCGUCAGUUGCCUCUCAUGGAACUCUUAGCGGCCAAGAAUAAACUAUCCGGUGUUCUGAUUGCUGAGGAUGUCGAUGAGCUGCCGCAACUACAAGUUCUAGACGUUACCAGCAAUAGUUUGACCCGUAUCACUGAGUCGACUCGAUUGAGCCUUCCCGUACUCCACCAAUUGAGCUGCUCAUCAAACAGACUCACUGAUCUUCCCGAUAUGACGUCCUGGGUAUCACUACUUACUCUCAUAGCCGAAGACAACAAUAUAUCAUCCAUUCCUGAGGGAUUUGUUACUCUCCCCAAAAUCAAGAAUGUGGAUUUCAGUGGUAACAAUAUCAAGGUCCUAGAUGACAAUAUUGGCGGCAUGAACAGUUUGGAUAUCUUCCGCAUUAGUGGCAAUCCAUUAAGGGACAAGAAAUUCUCUGGUAUGACUACGGAAGAUUUGAAGCGAGCUCUCAAAGCACGGAUGGCGCCGGUUGAGCAGGAUGUCGAGAAGGAGGCGAGUGACGGCACCUUUUACUCUGCUCAAGGGUCUCCUGUAUCGUCGCGACCUUCGUCAACAGAUUGGCUAGUCAAACCCGGAGGUAUUCUUGAUCGAUCAAAUACCGAGUCCUACUCACUGAACCCUGUGGCAGCUGCACACGCCGCAGCAAACCACACAAUUCGGGUCUUAGAGCUGCAUCACAAUGUGUUUAAGGAAAUUCCAAGUUCCAUUGCAUUCUUCGCAGCAACUCUGACGACCCUGAGUCUGGCUCGCAACGAGCUGACCAGCGAUACAUUCCUGAAGGAAGAUCUUGAAUUGCCAGUUUUGAAAGAGUUGAAUUUGAGCUGCAACACGUUCAACUCCGUCCAACCGUUGAUUCAGCGUCUACAGGCGCCGCUGUUGGAGAAGCUUGACAUCAGCUUCAAUCGACUGACGUUCUUGCCUCCCUUGAAGCCUCACUUUCCAAGUUUGACGAGUCUCUUUGCUUCCAACAACACAAUCAAGGAACUGUCCCCAGAAUCGAUCAAGGGACUGAAGGUUGUGGAUUGCAGCAGCAAUGAUAUCAGCAGUCUGAAUGCCCGUAUUGGUCUACUCGGCGGACCUGGUGGACUUGAGAGAUUGGAUGUCACUGGCAAUCGUUUUAAAGUGCCAAAAUAUACCAUUCUAGAGAAGGGCACGGAAGCUACUCUUACUUGGUUAAGGGACAGGAUCCCAGCGGGUGAGCCUACGAGUCCUACGGACAUUGAUUGA